UCGCAACUUCCAAACGACCCCUUAGUACAAUUAGAACAAGUUAUUUGCAAAGACAAGUUACUGUACGCCUAGACACGAAAUUCAUGUUCAUUUAGACUCAAAAUUACUGUUCACCCUCCUCCCAUUGGUGCGUCCUCUGCGAUUGAGACCAGCCGCCUUUGCUGAUUGGUUGGCUUCCUGCGUCUGGGUCCCGCCGUUGUUGCUGUGUGUGCUGCGUUGCCCUCAGUUGCACGCUCAUUUUCCCUUCGCUCUCUCUUUCCUGCUUUUCUUUCUCUGCUUUUCUCAACUAUUCCCUCUGAAACCUUCUGCUAAUUAUUACACCUGUCAAUCUGUACGUUUCGCUUUGCUUUUUUCUCUUAUCUUGCCAUGGAUACUGCUGCACUGUUCUUCGGGUCUCGAGGGGUUUCUCGAAUAUUGAGAUCCUUCGCAGAGAAGUUAAGGGUUUUCCCCGCCACGCAAACAAUAAGUAGAGAGGAGAGAGAGUCAGAGGUUUUGGCCAUACCAUCUCAGUUACUCUCUCCUUUCUUUCUCCUCUCUUUCUUCAAUCUCUCAAAAAUGGCUGCCUCCACCAUCGCCACCCCCUCUAUUGCCUCCUUUACCUCCACGGCUGCCGUCGCCACCGUCCCCAUCAUCGCCACCUCAUCCGUCACCUCCGCCUUCGCCAUCCCCACCGCCUCAACUACUGCCGUUGCCACCUCCUCCACCUCCGCUUCCACCGCCUUCAUCGCCUUCACUAUCUGAUCCCGUCACGGGAGCCGGCGGCGCCGAGAUCCUCUCCGUCGGAUCCGGUGGUAGUCGGCUGAUCUCUCUCGCUCCUCUUCCCGCUUGUACGCGAAACGAUACUGUUGGGAGAAGAAACCCCCACUUCCUCCUCGCAAUCGGCCGCUGCGAUGGCCGGUAGCCGGUUCACGUCGAACCCCCGGAAGAACGAUGAGAAAUUUCACAUUGUUUUAGGUGGUGGUGGUCUUCUCGACAUGUCCUUAUUUUUUCUAUUCCAGUAAAUUUGUUCCAGUUGA